GAAGAGACCGGACCCUGGAUAGAAUCGGGGACUGCCAUCCCCUUUCCCGGACCCUACAGAAAGACGAAUCUAGGAGCCGCCCUGGCGACGUCAAAACAUUUAUCCUGGCCUUGUCAGUUUCCUUUUCUUGUAAAUCACGGUUCAUGACAUUAACCUUACCAUCGAGGUUAAUUGUGGAGCGAUACAUAAUUGCUCCCAUUGUUUAUCCAACAAUUGCUAUGUGCCCAGGCACUGUGCUAAUAUUUUUGCUCCGAUGAUUUCACGUCAUCUUCAAAACAACCUUUGAGUGUGGACCCAGUCAGCAGCCAGGCUAUGGAGCUCUCUGAUGUCACCCUCAUUGAAGGUGUGGGUAAUGAGGUGAUGGUGGUUGUAGGCGUGGUCGUGCUGAUUCUAUCCUUGGUCCUUGCGUGGCUCUCUACCUACGUAGCAGACAGCAAUAGCAGCCAGUUCCUGGGCACUAUUGUGUCAGCAGGUGACACAUCUGUCCUCCACUUGGGGCACGUGGACCAGCUGGUGACAGGCCAAGGCACCCCAGAGCCAAGUGAACUCCCCCAUGCAUCAGAGGGUAAUGAUGAGAAGGCUGAAGAGUCUGGAGAAGGCGGGGGAGACUCCACUGCGGAACCAGGAGCUGGAGAUGGUAUGGAGCCCAGCCUUGAGCAUUUCCUUGACAUCCAAGGCCUGCCCAAACGACAAGGAAUCCUGGAGUGCAGCAGUCCAGAUGCCCCACUAAGAGCAGAGGAUAGCACCUGCCUCCCCCCCAGCUCCAGCCUCAUUAACGUGAGACUCAAAUUCCUCAAUGACACUGAGGAGGUUGCUGUGGCCAGGCCAGAGGAUACUGUGGGCACCCUGAAGAGCAAAUACUUUCCUGGACAAGAGAGCCAGAUGAAACUGAUCUACCAGGGCCGCCUGCUCCAGGACCCAGCACGCACAUUGCGGUCCCUGAACAUUACUGACAACUGUGUUAUUCACUGUCACCGCUCACCCUCAGGAGCAGCUGUUCCAGGCCCCUCAGCCUCCUUGGCCCCCUCGGCCACUGAGCCAUCCAGCCUUGGUGUCAACGUGGGCAGCCUUAUGAUGCGUGUGUUUGUGGUGCUCCUGGGUGUGGUCUGGUACUUCCGUAUCAAUUAUCGCCAGUUCUUCACAGCACCUGCCACCGUCUCCCUGGUGGGAGUCACCGUCUUCUUCAGCUUCCUAGUAUUUAGGAUGUAUGGACGAUAAGGACAUAAGGAGAAAAUGAAAGGCAUGGUCUUCCUCCUUUAUGGCCUCUCCCUUUUCCUGGCCAGAGCUGGGCCCAAAGGCCUGGGAGGGAGAUGAAAAGGAUGUGGUAGAUACCCCAUCCAUAGGACACAGGAGGCAGGUGGGCCUCCUUUAAUGUUCACAGGGGUACAGACAUCCCCUCUGUGCAAGCACAACUCAGGUAGACACAAGGAUGUCAUCUUUUAGAGUCCAUUUCAGAGCCAAUGGCUAAACUCUGGGAAGUCCGGUCUCUGAGGAAUCCCUUUCCCAGCAUCCUGCAUGUCUGCCCCUUAGCACCCAGGGCCACCUGCCGGGGCAGCCAGCAUGACCCCAGCAUAUUUCUGUAAUGUCUCUACUCCCCUUAGCCAAAUGCCCAUCUUUUGAGGCUGAAAUCACAUAGGCAGGGAUGAAGACUGCCAGUUUUUCUUACACCCAGCCAUUGCCAUUUCCCUUUACCCUGUAGCAGGAAUAGGGUGUUCUCUCAAAGCACUUUGCUUUUUUUUUUUUUUUUUUUUUUAAAUAGUCCUUUAUAGUGCUCAGUCAAGAAAGGGGUUGGGGCACAAGGCCAACCUCCUAGCAUGGGGAGAGGCCAGGCCACAGCUGCUACCCUAGGCCUAAGGCUGCAAGAGUGCUGGCCCUCAGCCAGCAUCCUGCCCUGCCCAGCUCCAAGGACGAGCUCUGGGUAUGGAUCACUCAGCUCUAGGCCCUUGCCUCUAGGGCUCAUGGAUGGUGGGUCAGCAUCUGUGACUGAAUAAAGUUCCAUUUUGUGGCUGUGAA